AUGUGUGAUUGCGAAGAGUGUCAAUGCGAUAAUCCAUCGACAUUUUGGAGAGCAGUUGUCAAACCAGGCGAAGAGUAUUCAGUAGAUUUUCCUGAUGAUGCUCGCCUUUCAAUCACAAAUAUCUGUCUUGGCGAAUUACCAGAAGAUUUCAAGGCAGAACCAGUUCGUCUUAUUGCAGACAUUAAAACAUUGAUUCCUAAUCCAGAAGAUCCAAAUGCAAAGCCAGACGUCGAAAAUUCAAAAUUGCUCCUUGCUACAUUUAUUCCAGGCGAGAACGAGCAUUUAAAUUGCAACUACGACUUCACACCAUUUAACAGCGUAACUCUCAGUGUUAAUGGCCUUUACAAUGUACACGUUGUUGGCUUAAUUCAACCUCUCAAUGAUGACGAAGAGGAAGAAUACGGCGAAGAAGAAGGAGCUGAUGAGUAA